GUGAUUGAUGGCGCUGCUACGUCACACGCGUGCGGUGGUUCACACAGCUGGGAGAGCCAAUCAGAAGCGUCCAGGUCACAGGUCUGUCUGUAGCGGAAGAGAAGAUGGCCGCCGCGAGGAACGGGAAGAGCGGACUGCUGGAGAAAUGGAGGAUCGAUGAGAAACCGGUGAAGAUUGAUAAAUGGGAUGGCGCUGCAGUGAAGAAUUCUCUAGAUGAUGCUGCCAAGAAGGUGCUCCUGGAGAAGUAUUGUUACGUGGAGAACUUCCAGUUGGUGGACGGUCGUCUGUUGAUCUGCACUGUCUCCUGUUUGUUCGCUAUGUUGGCGCUUGUUUGGGACUACCUGCACCCGUUCCCUGAGUCCAGACCGGUGCUGGCCUGCUGCGUCAUCUCAUACUUCAUCAUGAUGGGCAUCCUCACUCUCUACACCUCCUAUAAAGAGAAGAACAUCUUCCUGGUGGCGCUGCAGAAAGAUCCAGCUGGGAUGGAUCCAGAUCACAUCUGGCAGCUGUCUUCCUCCCUGAAAAGGUUCGACGACCAGUACACCCUCAGAGUCUCCUUCUCUGACGGGAAGACAAAGAUCUGGAGAGAAGCCGAGUUCACCAAGUCGGUGUCGGUGUUCUUCGACGAGCACGGGACUCUCGUGAUGGACCAGUUCGAGAAGAGCGUUUCUAAACUGCACGACACGCUCGCCACUGACAAGAAGACCAAAUAAUAGCAAUCACAUUCAUCUAUGACACAGCUGGACUGCGUGACGGUCCUCUGACGCUCACAUCACUGCUUUCACGUCACCUCUGUCGGCUCCUCUCCACAGAAACGAGAAACCAGUGAACUGUGACGAGAACGAGAUCAGUCCAGUGUUUUAGAACGGUUUCAACACAAUAUUGAUAAAUCGAUCGAGUCUAUACAGGAAACAAACGUUACAGUUAGAACCACCCUUAUUUUAUUGUUUUCUGUUUGAAGAGUCUGAACUCCGAUUUUAUUUGCUUCUGUCUUUCAUUUGUUCUUGAUUUUGUAUUGUUCAGUAAAGCGUCAACUCAGUUUGGAAUAAAAACAUUUGUCAUAAAAGCUGAAA